AUGCAGAAAUUCCCAUCGAUUACAAGAUUGAAUCUCAAAUCUAGAUUUCGAGGUCUUAGAAAAUCACUUCACGAAGCACUGAAAACUUUCCCAAGAAAAGAGGGGUACAGUUUUCCUCCACAUCCAGCAAGAUUAUCUCCCUUGCCUACUCAAUAUAUUCUAGAGAAUAACGACAAUCUAAGAGUUUCUCCAGAAUUAUCUCACACGCUUCCGAAUGCUUUGAAUGGAAAGCGGUUUCUUAUUCUCAAAGACAAUCCGGGGAAUGUAUAUCGCAGCGCAAAAUACAGGAAACCAUUGAUCAAUAGUAGAAAUCGCCUUCAUCGACCAGGAGAUUUAACCAAAAUGCGCAAUUAUAUCCAAUUCCUCACGACUCCCACGGUGGACACGCCUGGGACUUCUUUGCUUUUACAUUUCGAUAACAAGAGGUACUUGAUUGGAAAUAUUGCAGAGGGAACUCAGAGAGCAUGUGUGCAAGGCAAGGUCGGAUUGAUGAAAGUUGGGGAGGUUUUCAUGACUGGAAAGGUGGAUUGGGCUUCAACUGGAGGAAUGCUAGGUAUGAUUUUGACGUUGGCAGAUGCAACAAGUACUUCAAGAGAGGCACAGUUUCAGGUUGCCAACGCGAAAUCGCAAAAGAAAGGAGGACGCGCUGAGAAGCCCGAAAAGGCCUUUUUAAAUUUACAUGGAGGAGAAAACUUGACUCAUCUACUUGCGACGGCUAGGAGAUUUGUUUUCAGAAAUGGGAUGCCGUUAUAUACAAACGAAUAUCGGCCGGAUACAGAACAGAGAACCAAUUGGGACCCUUCAUGGAGUGAUGAAAAUAUCAAGGUCUGGGCCAUGGCUAUCAAAUCGGAGGGAGCUGCGAAGCGUCGUGGGAAGAGAAGUCACGAUGAGUUUUCGGAUGAUUCUCUGGAUGGUUCUCUUGCUGAGAAGAGCAAGGAGCUUGAGCUUAAGGAAGCCCAAGAACUCAGAGAUAAAGAGGAUAAUGAGCAUCAAAUACGAAAGUCUGUCGUAUCUUCUAUGUUUGAUUCUGAUUGGAAGUUAGAUACUCUGUACUCCAUGAAGCUCAAGGAUGUCAAAAUGCCUGCCGCUAUCUUUGUUAGAAACUCAGAUGGCAAGAUACAAAGAUAUCAAGGACCUAAACCCGGAGGAAAUCAGGAAGUUCCCGAUAUUGAAGUCCUCACUCGGAAACCUUGGCCAGGGGCGCUGGUUGAAUCUUUACCUCCGACUAAACCUUCUACCAGUUCAGUCUCAUAUAUCAUCAAAAACCAUACUCAGCGUGGAAAGUUCAAUCCCAAGGAAGCCGAGAGAUUGAAUGUCCAGAAAGGUGCUGAUUAUCGAACUUUGGCAGCGGGAAGAAGUGUGAUUGCGACCGACGGUACCACUGUCACUCCAGAACAAGUUUUGGGAGUGAGCAAGGAGGGUACCGGAGUUGCAGUUCUUGAAAUACCUGAUGCCUCUUAUAUUAAAGGUAUAUUUGCACGUGAAGAAUGGAAAGCAAAAGAGGUCAUGGCAGGAGUUGAAUCAAUAAUAUGGAUUUUGGGUCCUGGCGUUUUAGCUGACCCCAGGAUACAAGAGUUCAUGGAAGAGCGUAAAGAACUUGCUCACAUCGUUUCCUCCCAUGAUAAUUGCCCAAAUUAUCUCGCAUUCAGCUCAGCCGCAGCGCAAGCUAUUCGUCUGCAUCUCCUCGAUUCCGAACGUUUCCCAAUUCCCGCAUUCAGUAAUGCAUCCGAGCCACCAUCCAAACCUGUACCAUAUUCAAAAGCAAAAUUAGGAAAAACGAUGUUACUCGAACCAAAAUUCGAGAUUCAAGAUGACAAGUGCAUUCCUUAUCUUGACACAGAGCAGGUGGUAAAGGAAGGAGACCCUGAAGUUCUUGCUUUAGCAAACGAAGCUAGAAAAGAGAUUAUGAGUCCAGAGUAUCAAGCAAAGCUUGAUGAAGUUCAAAAAGACAUACCAUGCAAGGAUGCAGAAGUUAUUACUCUCGGAACUGGUUCGGCUUUACCUUCAAAGUAUCGAAACGUUUCAGCUACCCUACUUCGAAUUCCAGAAUAUGGCAAUUACCUAUUUGACGCUGGUGAGAAUACACUGGGCCAAUUGAAGAGAGUAUUUGGCAAAGACCUACCAGGUGUACUCUCUAAUCUCAAGGCAAUUUGGAUCAGUCAUCUUCACGCCGAUCAUCACCUUGGUACUACUUCGGUCAUCAAAGCGUGGCAUGAAGAAACAUCUAAGAAUGAAGCAACAAGAAAUAACAAACUUGCUGUAGCAUCAGAUCAUGGUAUGAUUCAUUGGUUAACUGAAUACUCCGAGGUCGAGAAUUAUGGAUUUGAGAGGCUUGAGCUCGUUGAAAUGACACCGGCAGUCAAUAACCUUUACGAAGAAUUUACACCAGAAAAAACGGAAGCAUUUGGUCUUUCGUCUAUUGAAGCUUGCCAAGUGAGCCAUUGCCAUGGUGCUUUAGCUGUUGCAUUGAAUUUCCCCAAUGGAUUCAAGGUUGCUUACUCAGGUGAUUGUCGACCCUCACAAGACUUUGUUAGGAUUGGUAAAGGUGCAACGUUGUUGAUUCACGAGGCUACAUUUGAUGACGAACUUCAAGGUGAUGCUAUUGCCAAGAAACAUUCCACCACUUCGGAAGCAAUGAAUAUUGGCAAGGGUAUGGGAGCAAGACGAAUUCUACUUACCCACUUUUCUCAGAGAUAUCAAAAGAUACCAGUCAUGGACAGUGAAGUUACAGAUCAAGUUGCCAUUGUUGCAUUUGAUUAUAUGAGGGUUAAGAUAUCCGAUUUUUCGAAAAUAGCGGCAUUUAGACCGGCGUUGCUGAAGCUUUAUGAAGAGAAAGAAUAG